AUGAGUGACCUAAGAAUCGUGAACGGAAAAGUCCUGACUAACACCGAAGUUCAACCCCCAGCCCAAUGGACGAACGACUACGAAGUAAUGGGCGGCGACACAGAAUGGGGUCCGGAAGGCAAUGUCCUUCGAAUGAUCACAGUCUUCGGCAUUGAGGGUGAAGUCAAGCCUCUUUUCGCAAUGGAUCCCGAUGCCGGGGAGGCCUUGUCUCUAUUUCAGGUUGGGGAUGGUGGAUUCUAUUUCUUUAAUAUCGAGGAUUCGUCGAUAUUUAAGAUUACCAGCCAUUCCGAUCUUCGGUCCAUUGUUGAGACUAUAGAUGAUGAGAUCGCCUAA